UUUUUGCUAGCCGCUGCACGCCGGAUCAACACCUUGCUAGCUCAUCGCGUCACAUCAAGAGCCUCAACGCCUCUGGCACAACACCGUCCGUUCACACCACCAGCCAGCCCUCAACAGCCACCUGAGAUACCCCCACUAAGAUCAACAUCCACCUGCUCCCGGCCUUCCUGUUCCACGCGUGCAAGCAAGUGCCCCGACCGCUCAUCUAAAGACCUUCGCCUCACCUGCUCCCGGCCGUGCUACUCGCCGCAGCGAAAUUUUUCGACCUGUUGAACAAAUUAUUUCAAGAGUUUUUUUACCCCUUCCAAUAAGGGCCGUUUCACUACCAGUCACUUACGCAGUGUUUUUUGGAUAGUGCCUCGCUCAUCCCGUAAAAUGUUCAGCUGGGCCAAGUCAGCGUUGUCCGCGGUUGCCGGUACCGAGGAGCCCAUCUACGGCCCUGAAGCCAUCCAGCCGGUUGGAAAGAAUGCGGGCGACCCUGCGUUCACCGAGUUGACCAAGGAGAACUUGAAAUGGCAGGCCCUCAACUACACCAACGUCGAGACGCAGACCUUCUACUUCAACUCGGACGCUGGCCACAUUGGCUUCUUCCAGGUCAUCUACAACAACAUCUUCGGUGCGCGCACGACAGUGCAGUUCAACACCAAGCUCUUCUACCCCAACAACGAGAGGCCCUUCCUCUGGUCUAGUGAUCCUCUGUCGAACCACGGCUUCGACGAGGGGCAUUACUCCUUCCACGCCGAUGGUGUCUCCAUCCAACUGAACGAGGACGGCUCUGCAUACACAAUCAAGGCUGCAGUCAACAACAGCAGUCUGGUCAACGUCAAGUUCACCAGGACAGCUCCCGGCUUCCAGGGUGGAAAGAACGGAACCAGCAACUAUGGCACAGACCCUAAGGAGCCAUGGGGCAGCAUGCACCACCACUUCUGGCCCAGGUGCAGUGUUGAUGGCUCUGUCAUUACCAGGGAAGGCGAGAUCAAGAUCGACGGCAGGGGAAUGUUCAGCCACGCUCUGCAGGGCAUGAAGCCUCACCACGCUGCUGCCCGUUGGAACUUCGUCAACUUCCAAUCACCCUCGUACUCGGCCAUCCUCAUGGAGUUCAAGACUCCCCCUUCAUACGGAUCGACCAUCGUUCGAGUUAGUGGUAUCGCUACAGACGGCAAGCUGCUCACAGCUGGUAUCAACGGUGAUGUCAAGCACCUCGAGACCAAGCAGGAUUCGGACAACGAUUGGCCUGAGCCUACAUCGGCAAGCUACCAGUGGGUAGGCAAGACUGACGAUGGCAAGGAGAUCACAGCGGAGGUCACCGGUCCUCUAGGCAACAAGUACGACCGUGUGGACGUUAUGGCCGAGGUGCCAGGCUUCAUCAAGACCAUUGUCGCAUCUGCGGCUGGCACAAAGCCAUAUAUCUACCAGUACGCGCCGAAGCUCACCAUUAAGAUGAAGAUCGGCGACGAAGUCAAGGAAGAGGAGGGUGUCCUUUUUACUGAGGCAACUUUCGUCUCGUAAGAGUUCCUCACGCAUCUAUACCAUCACGACUACCCUAGCAUUAAUAAUAGAAAGCCAGGCCAGGAGCUUGAAACCUAAUGAAGAAUAUUCCCUUGG